AUGGCUGCUGAAGAACUGAUUGAAGUCAAGUUCAGGUUACCUGAUGGCAGUGAUAUUCCACCAAGCAAAUACAAUUCCACAACCACUGUCGCAUAUCUCAAAGAGAAAAUCAUUUCACAAUGGCCUAAAGAAAUAGGAAAUGGGCCGAAAACAGUAAACGAUAUGAAGCUCAUAAACGCAGGAAAGAUUCUGGAGAACAACAAAACGCUUGCUGAAUCUCGAUCUCCUGUAGGCGAAGUUCCCGGAGGUGUCAUCACUAUGCAUGUUGUUGUUCGUCCUCCAUUGUCAGACAAAAACACCGAAAAGUCGCAAAAUGCCCCUGAAAAGAACAGUUGUUCAUGCACAAUCCUGUGAUCAAGGUGGUAAUUUGAUCAAGUUCAAGAUUCAAGAUGAAAGCAGAUGUGGUUUUCUAUGUUACAUAUAUAUAGAGAGAGAGAGAGAGAGAAACAUUUUAGAUCAAUUAGAAGAAUGUUAAAAGAAAUUGUUGUCAUAUCUUAUGAAAUUAAAAGCCUAUGGCUUUCAUGGAUGCCUCAGUUUUCCAAUAAUUCUUGAAUGAUUGUGUCAAUCGAAAAGGGUCCAACAUUAAAUCCUAUCUUUUACAUCUUUUUUGCAC